AUGCCACUGGCAGCAAUGGAGGGCUUCGUUUCCAUGAAAAUGGCACUCCUUGUGAAUGGGGCGAGUCGUAUCGUCCCUCGGGACUGCACCCAGUACGAAUCGGUGACGUUUUGGAAGAUCGUUAUGAAAUCCUUUGCAAGCUUGGAUACGGCGCGUUCUCCACUGUUUGGCUCGCUGCUGACAGCAGGUCAAGAACUUUCGUAG